UAUGGCGACUACAAAAGUAGCCACUGGUUCAGCUUCAGUUGGCUUGACCUUAACUGCCGCUGGUGUCGACACCAAAUGGUCCAAAGACACGUGGGCAAAGACUGAAGUUAGGUUGAAUGAUUUCGACUUGUUGGUCCUAAAGAAUCUGGUGGGUGCUGCUAGUGAUAAGCUUGAUAACGAUUCAGUUUGCACGGUAAUGGGUGAUUAUCUGUAUCAAGCGGUUCGGGCCUGCCUGAAUUCUGAUAAAAUGAAGCUGUUAGAGAUUAAUGAGUCUAGAGCAAGUACUCCUAGUAUAGGAGGGAGUAUUAAACAAACUAAAAACAGAAAAGGUGGUCGGAAAGGUGGGGGAGCGAAUAAGGCGAAAGGGGCGAAAGGGCCUUCGAAAGCUGAUCAGAUUAGAAUGCAAAAUUCAAUCGGUAGCUUAAACUCGAAAGUUGAAGGAGCUUUAUCCGCAUUUGCCGGUAAUGACGACUUUCGACGCCCGAAACUGUUUUUGGAAAAGAUCGUGGAGAUGCGAGGGAUUGGUUUUCUAUGUUGUGCAUGGUUCUUGUUGACAAAGCGGAAAAGUCUGUCUUGGGACCAGGAAUUGACUGCCUUAACUUACAGUAUCAUUGUGUCAUUAGAGAGAUUCAUCAAGGUAACGGAAAAACUGAAAGGGAAGUCGCAUCUUGAUUCUUUGAAAGACGACAUCGUUUCAGUUACCCUAAUAAACGAUUUGAAGGACAAAUUGGCGGAGCUAAAAGAGAAAUUCGAAUUCAGUGGCGAGAAACUAUACCGUACAUCUCCACAAUUGUUAAUUUUCAGUGACUUUGAUACUGUCCUCCCAGUAUCAGCAGUCAAACCUUAUCCACAUCAAUCCAAAAUAUGUAAAAUCCUGGAGGAUAACAUUGACAAUGGAUGUUAUAUUAUGUACCGUGCUAUCACUAAUGCGGGUAAAACUACUACCAUUGCAAUGUUGGCUGCUACGGUCCAGAAGAUCAGAAACACUAGGCAUGAAAAAGACCCCCUCGCUAAGCUGACGAUAAUCUUCUGCUGCAACGUCAACCCUGUAAAAGAUGCUGCUGGUCAAUGGCUGUACAACUCAACCAACAUCAACUCCAUUGAUCAACUUCCGUUUGCUAUAGCAUUUGAUAGGCCGGACGGGGAGUUGGUGAUUCGUAACAGUUUUAUGUGCAAAGAUAGGCCAGAUGACAGACUGGUCAUAAUCUGCUCUCCACAUAUUGCUAUGAGAGUAAUUAAAGAACGUAGCGGCACAGCUCCAUUCAUCUUGUUCCAUGAUGAACCAACUUCCGGAGCUGAGAACCGGGAAAGCAGUUACCUUCACCAAAAUGUUGAAAUAAUGAUGUGCCCUCCUAGAUGGACAAUCGUGUCUUCCGCCACUCUUCCCACAGAGGUCGAACUCGACCCAUUUAUAAAGAGGUUCAAAAGAAUGAACCCCUCGGGUCACAUUGAAAAUGUAGCUUCUGCCAAAAUAAACAUUGGCUGCGACAUAUAUUCCCAUAAUGGUACCUCAUUCUUGCCCCACUUGGGUAGCGGUUCAACGGACGAACUUACCGAAUGUUUGACAAAUAUUAAGGACAACAUGUUCCUUAGCCGUUCGUACACUCCCUUAUCCGUGUCAGAGCUGUGUAACUUCGCCACAGAGUAUGAAGUACCUGGCGUACCAAAGAUUGGCGAUCACUUUUCCAAAAUAGAUAAUCUCAGUGCCGAUGCAGUGAGAUUAUUCGGGCUCAAGAUUUUGGACCAGGUAUCCAAAACUGACGACUCUACGACCAAAGAAAUAUGCUCCAAACCCAUCAAAUGCUCCGGAAGGAGUGUAGAAUUUGCUAACCUUGGCACAACAAGUGCUUCUAAGUUUUCCCAGAUGAGUCUCAUUGCAAGUGGAGAUCCAUUAGCAUUUGCACUGGAGACCUUCGCCGACUUCAUUGAAGAAAUCAACGAUACUAAGGUGUACAGUAUUGAGAAGCUUGUAUCUCAAUAUUGGAAAGUUCAGGAACAGUGGUCGAGCGAGAUCGAGAAGAUAAAGAAGCGAAAGAAAAAACCCCCAGCCUCAUCGAAAAGACGAAACUCCACUGGAGAGGCAGAAAAAGAAGAAAAGGUAGACUAUGAGCAACAAGAAAUGGAUCUGCUCGCAAACAAACCGUUCCUGUCCUUCCCCGAAUAUUAUCAAAUUAACACCCGGCUGCACGCUGAAAAAUACUCUCCGAACGGGAAAAUAGAUGUGGAGAGGUACCCCAACCCUGAUUUUAGUUUUCUGACUGAUUCGAAAAAAAAUCUGAAUGUACCUGGAGAUGUUUUGCUUCUAUUAUGUUGUGGCGUGGGAAUAUAUGCUCCUGAAGAUUCUAGAGUCAACAGUGGCGGUUACCUCGAGCAAGUGAUAUCACUAGCAAAAACAGGAAGAUUGGCGUAUCUGGUAGCGGACCAUAACAUAGCAUACGGAGUUAACUUCCCCUUCUCCCGGACGAUAGUGUGUGAUGAUUUCACUGCAGAUCAUAGCAUGAACACCGUCUUUCAACUCAUGUCUCGAGCAGGUCGUGUUGGUCAGAGCUGGUUUGCAGAAUCCUUCGUAUCAGACGAAGUGGUGAGUACAAUGAGAGACUAUUCUCACUCCGAUAAGUCACCCGAUGGUCAGGUGGAGAUUAAGAACAUGAUAAGUGUAGCACGGGAAAUAACGAUAAGAGACCGUGAACAGAGGCAAGCCCGUGAGGGUAUAGGGGGUCUGUGAUGAUAGGGCAGGAUAUUUAGGUGAAGUCUUGUUUUAGGGACAAUUUGUAUUGUUGUUUACUGAUGGGUAUUGUAAAUUUUGCAUCUACGUAACAUUGAUAUUCUCAUUUCUCAUGAUACUAUAUAUUUAAAAUCUUUGUUUGGUCAAGUAUUGGGUCGGUUUGCGGGUAGUCGAUGAAGGUUUAGUGUAGUGAAGUUGUCCAUCAAAUUGUUGGAUAGCGUGUCCGUUAUUUUCCUUCUUAAAAUUUGCUUUUUUGCAGAUUGAUUAUAGGGAUGUAGCUAGUUGUGUUAAUCAUAAUAUAUUGUGAAUUGUUUGUAGGUAAAAUAGGCGAAGCAGGGAAAGUAAUUUAUUUUAUGGAAUGUCUUUCAUAUAUUUUAAUGCACUUUAAAGUUAAUACUUCGAAACCUUGUGAUUUCUGGUUUUAGAAUAUUGGCUAGUAGGUCUAAAUUGGUAUUAGUGAGUUUCCCGGCAUGGCUUCUAUAUCUCAAGUUUUCCACAAUACUUUUUAUUUUGAAAUGUCCUGAUAACGUGAAAAAAUAUGUUGGCAGAGGAAAAAUAUUUUUCAGAUUAGGUUAUUUUUAGUCACAUCACCUCCUAAGUUUUAAAAGUAUCACUAAUAUUUUAAUGUUAAAGCCACAGCGAUCACAAUCAAUUCUCAUUUCUGGUUCAUCUCUAUUUGUAAAGCUGGUUUCAACUUGGGCGUUGGGAUCAUGUUUAUUUUUUAUUUGUAGUGUAACGUCAAUUGUUAGGGUGACCUAAUUUUUAUUGCGCUAUCCUUGGUUUGGAAUGAUUGUAAAAAGAAUUAUAUUGCAUUAACUUAAACAAAAGAUACUAGUCAAGUUCAGAUAACCCUUCUUGCCACUCGCAUAUGUUAGAUGAUCGACUUUAUCCUAUCUCAAAUUUAUUUAAAUUCUGUGUGGGUUUAUAAUUUAAAUUAUAUUGAUAUGAUGUGAUUGCCAUCUUUUUAAUAUCCAUCAUAGAUCAAACUUGGUUCAAUAGAAUCGAUAGAGUUCGUUUUAAGAACUAUCAUUGAUAGCACCUAAAUAGCCCCUGUGAUUUUCUAUAACUCUAAACUUUGCUACUGAUGGGAAGAUGAUGUAAAUGUGAUAUAACAGUUGACCUGUGACUUGAACGAAUUACUAAUUUGAUCGCUGAUUGGUUAAUCGAGCUGUUAUCAAAUUACAUUUGUGUCUCCUCCCCUCCGGUAGUCUAGUCUGUAAGUUUGAGCUGCCCUUUAUAAGCUUUAUUUGAUGAGAGAACAUGUUUUAUCAUUCGUAGUUGUCUAUAUUGAUCCAUUUUUGGAUUUUCACUUUCAAAUUUUUCUGCUCCA